CUCUUUAGUCUCUGUUUUUCAAUUGAAUGAAUCAAAGUGUUUGUGUUAAUGAUUGUGAAACAAAGAAUUUUACAAGACGAAAUAGAUGAGGCUCAAUAUAGUACAAUUAUUUAACAUUACUCAUGAGUACGGAAGAGACUCUGUUGAAUCUCGACUUCGACAAACCGAACACAAAUAUUCCGCCUCCUGAUGACGGCGUGGUAUCUUUAUCGAGCAGUGCUGAAGACAUUUGUUUAGUGCCAGAGAUCGGGUUCGAGGGCACCGUGGAUUCUCCGGGUGUAAACAGAGAGUCGCAGCCGCUGCUCGGCGGCCGCGGCGACGUAGAAGUAUCAUUCAAUCAUUUCCCAGAUGACCCGCAGUUCAGCGAACUGGUGUGGCAGGCGGAGGUAGCCAUAGACAAUGGUAUAUUCCCGGAGAGGAUAUACCAGGGCUCGAGCGGCUCGUACUUUGUCAAGAACCCAGGAGGGAAAAUAGUCGGCGUGUUCAAACCGAAAGACGAGGAGCCUUACGGCCGUCUCAAUCCAAAAUGGACGAAGUGGAUGCACAAGCUGUGCUGCCCGUGCUGUUUCGGGCGAUCUUGCCUCAUUCCCAACCAGGGUUAUUUAUCAGAGGCGGGAGCCAGCCUGGUGGACUCGAAGAUCGGAUUGAAGAUCGUUCCGAAGACUAGGGUGGUGAAACUAGUGUCAGAGACGUUCAACUAUCUGCGGAUAGACCGCGAAAGGUCGCGACUUAAGCGGGCCAUCACGGAACAGUUCCCCAAUUUAAGGUUCAACAGGAUGGGGUUGCCGCCUAAGAUGGGAUCAUUCCAAUUAUUCGUAGAAGGUUACAAGGAUGCAGAUUAUUGGCUGCGACGAUUCGAACAGGAUCCACCGCCCGAACAUGUUAUGAAAAAAUUCCAGUUGCAAUUCGAGCGUCUCGUGGUGCUGGACUACAUUAUCCGCAACACGGACCGCGGCAACGACAACUGGCUGAUCAAGUACGACGCGCCAAGUAAUAGGACGGACCACGAUAUGACUGAGCCAUCGGAGUGGAACGGCGGUAUAGAAGUGCGCAUAGCGGCGAUCGACAACGGGCUGGCGUUCCCGUUCAAGCACCCGGACUCGUGGCGCGCCUACCCCUACCACUGGGCCUGGCUGCCGCAGGCCAAGCGGCCCUUCAGCCACGAGACCAAGGAGUUGGUUCUGCCGCUGCUGUCAGAUAUGAAUUUCGUUCAGGAACUAUGCGAUGAACUACACAUAUUGUUUAAGCAAGACAAAGGUUUCGACAAGGGUCUAUUCGAGCGGCAAAUGUCAGUAAUGCGGGGACAAGUGCUAAACCUCACACAGGCGCUAAAGGAUGGCAAGAGCCCCGUGCAGUUGGUGCAAAUGCCCGCCGUUAUUGUGGAACGGUCGAAAAGCGGUACGACGUCAUCGCGAUUCUUCGACUCGUUCCAGCAGCGCUUCCAACAAAAGUCGCCAUUCUUCUCCUGGUGGUGAUGAUGCAGCAUUGAACACCGACGGUAGUUAGGAACGAAGACACUGUUAUUAAUAUAAUGUAUAGAACAUUUUGUAUGUAUGUUUUAGUAUAGCUCGGUAAAUACUGUACUCUACUGAAGUUGAAAUUGUUUUGAUUGCAUUCCAUUAUGUAUUUUUUACUCAAAUCAUAAUAAAAUGUCAUGUUUGGAGGUUUUAUAGUUGUAUUAUUUAAUGUUGAAAUGUUUAACCGUAUUUUAAUUAAGAAUAACGUUUUAUUCACCAAGAAUCGAACCUGUGACUUGGUUUUUAAUACUGGACCAAGAUGUCACGAAUAUAAUAAGUACAUAAUAUAGUAUGUAUCAAUAACUUUGUAUUUUAUAACAAUCCCAUUUCCCAAGAAAAUUUGAAUUAAUAAAAUAAUCAUCCUAGAAUAUUAAUAUAAGCUUCAAUGUAUUUUUAAAAUUUAGAAAUUCUAGCAGUUCUUUUGAAUUGAGUAUAUGGAAAAUUU